AUUAAACUCCUUCUUUCUUAUACAUAGCUAACACAAACAGUCCUCCAUAUCUCAGACUUUAAAACUUGGAUAUUAAUUACCUUAGUCCAUCCACACAUGAACAUCAUUAAAAAUUAUACUUUUUUUCUUUGAGAACAUCAUUAACAACUAUACUUUUUUUCAUUGAGGCCUAUAUCAAACCCAUCUUUUGAACCCUUAGAUAUAUACCGAUCCAGUCUGAGAAUCACAAAAGAAUAUGGUGAAACUCUUCAAGGUCGUAGCCUUAACUUUGUUGGUGUUAUGGUCAUGGUGGAGCUUUGAGGGUGCAGUAGGAGACCCUCAACUCUUUUUACUCACAAAUGAGUGCAGCGGAUUUACCACCGCAAAUUUCGACUUGUCCACUUUCUUCCAAAAUCUAAACGCAAGUUUCGCAGACCUGAGAGAGCAGGUGACCAACCAAAGCAAGCAAUUUGCCAUUGCUCAAUCAACCAGCGGAACAAGUCCUGUCUAUGCCAUGUUUCAAUGCAUGAACUACCUCUCCAUCGCUGACUGCGCUGCCUGCUUAGCAGCCGCCGACACCGAAAUCCGCAACUGCUCCACCGGAACCACCGACGGUGCUCGUGUCGUUUAUGACGGCUGCUUCCUCAGGUAUGAGAACAAUAACUUCUAUGAAGACACCACUCUGCCUGGCAACAGUAUGCGUUGUGGAAAUCAGACAGCAGUUGAAACCACUACUUUUAGUACAACUGUACAGCAAGUGCUAAUGGACCUGCGAAUCGCAACACCUAAAAUUAGUCGUUACUUUGCAACUACCAAGACACAAGUGGCUGGUAUUGCAAUCUAUGCCGUUGCACAAUGUGCUGAAACUUUUACACGAGACACUUGUUCGAGUUGUUUGUCAAUUCAACAGAGUAACAUACAAGGUUGUCUUCCCAAUACAAAUGGUAGGGCAAUUGAUCCUGCUGGAUGCUUUAUGAGAUACUCACAGACACCCUUCUUUGCUGAUAACCAAACCACUGAUAUCAGUCCCUUCUUAAACAAAGGAGGAAGUUCAAGCAAGAAGUGGGUCAUUUUUGGUGGCGGUGUUGGAGGUGUAAUCCUUGCUGUGAUCCUUCUUUCAUUAUUUCGCUGGUAUAGAAGAUCCAACAGUCCCAAGAGAGUUCCUAGAGCUUACACAUUGGGAGCAACAGAGUUGAAAGCUGCAACCAAGUACAAGUAUAGUGACUUGAAAGCCGCAACAAAAAAUUUUAGUGAGAGAAAUAAGCUAGGAGAAGGAGGCUUUGGUGCUGUGUACAAGGGGACAAUGAAAAAUGGGAAAGUUGUUGCAGUAAAGUUACUUUCAGCAAAAUCCAGCAAGAUAGAUGAUGAUUUUGAAAGAGAAGUAACGCUUAUAAGUAAUGUUCAUCACAAAAAUCUGGUUCAACUUCUUGGUUGUUGCGUUAAAGGCCAAGACAGAAUACUUGUUUACGAAUACAUGGCAAACAACAGCCUUGAAAAAUUCUUAUUUGGUAUAAGAAAAAAUUCACUCAACUGGAGACAACGCUAUGAUAUAAUUUUGGGCACAGCAAGGGGAUUGGCCUAUCUACAUGAGGAAUUUCAUGUUUCAAUCAUACAUAGAGAUAUUAAGAGUGGCAAUAUCCUCUUGGAUGAAGAGCUUCAGCCCAAAAUUGCUGAUUUUGGAUUGGUGAAGUUGCUUCCAGGGGACCAAUCUCAUCUUAGUACAAGAUUUGCUGGGACAUUGGGAUACACAGCACCAGAGUAUGCACUCCAUGGUCAAUUAUCAGAAAAGGCUGAUACAUACAGCUAUGGAAUUGUAGUCCUAGAAAUCAUAAGUGGUCGAAAGAGUACUGAUGUGAAUGCUGUUAAUGAUGAUAGUGAGGAUGAUUACCUUCUUCGACAAGCAUGGAAAUUGUAUGAGAGUGGCAAGCACUUGGAGUUAGUGGACAAAAGCUUAAACCCUUAUAAGUAUGAUGCAGAAGAAGUGAAGAAAGUGAUGGGCAUUGCUUUGUUGUGUACUCAAGCAUCGGCUGCAAUGAGGCCAGCCAUGUCUGAAGUAGUAAUCCUACUCAGUAGCAAUGACUUACUUGAACAUAUGAGACCAUCGAUGCCUAUCUUUUUUGAGUCAAAUUUAAAGCCCCGCAAUGAUAUCUCUGCUUCAACUAGUUCCUCUAUGACUAACACUACUACCUCAAAUUCUAUAAUACCUGCUCGAUGAUUGAGUAUAUGAUCUAAAAAUAAAUUUUUGUCCAGUUCAUUAUCAAAGAUGGGUAUAAUUAUUUGUAAAUCUUACUUAUUUUUAUGAAAAAGUUACAUUGACAUUCCUGCGGUUUUGUUCA